CACGAGUCUAGUUAUCACUUCGACAAUACCUAGCGUUCAGCUAAUAAUAUUUCAAGCUUAUACAACAAGUUUACAUUAUUCAACAUGUUUGCCGAGAGUGCCGCUCUAGUGUUUCUGCUGACUUGUGGUGGCGCGUUAGCCGGUGUCGCGCCGCUCGCCCAUUACAACGCCCUUGACGGUGGUUAUCCCUACGGAACAGCUCAUGGACAUCUCGCUGCCGCGCCUGUCACCGUUACUACUCACGGACUUGGUCAUCAACCUAUUGCUGUCUACGGAACACCUGCUGCUUAUCCCCAUGCUCUUUACGCUGAUUAUGGACGUCACGGUAUUUACGAUCAUCAUGAUGGUGUUUACGAUGAACACCACGGACAUCACGGAGACUACCAUGGUUACCCGAAAUACGCUUACAACUAUGGAGUAAACGAUCCACACACCGGUGAUGUCAAAUCAGCUUACGAAGAACGCGACGGCGACGUGGUCAAGGGUUCGUACAGUGUAAACGAGCCCGAUGGUACAAUUCGUGUUGUCGAGUAUACCGCCGAUGAUCACAAUGGAUUCCAAGCUGUCGUCAAGAAGAUCGGUCAUGCCGUUCAUCCACAACCGAUUCAUGCCCCAGUGCCAAUUGCUACCGUUCCACUUCACGGUUACGGAGAUUAUCACUACGAUAGGAAAUGAAUAUCCUGUUCGACAUGUUACCAACGAGAUUCGACCAAAUGGAUCUGUGUGUGCUUUCACAGAGAUAAAUCUUUCGAGCUUGCAAAAGCUUUCGAUUCUGAACGAUUUAAGCGUCACUUAGAGACUGCUCCGAGAAUUUUCACCUUAGUAUUAUUUAAUAUUAUUUAGUCGAGCGCACUAAACAAUCACUGUUAACUGUGCAAAUUUUAUUUUUUUCACGAAUUGAAUAAACUAUUUUUUCAA